CGGAACCAAAUGGGAAAUUGGUUUGUUUGCUUGGGAGGUUUUAAAGUGAGGGACCGUCUUGGUUCGUGUUUGGUAGCGUGAAAUUUGAAGGGUGAAAGCAGGGAUCUUAAGAAAAGAGGAAAACCUGGACCUGGAAUUAGUUCAAGGAGCUUGAAUGUGAACAUCACUGACUAUGCUACUGCCUCGUCUUCUACGUGGGAACCUGUGCUGGUCAAAGACCUCUGUAUUAUCACUUUGCCGAAAUGAGUGCAUCUGCAGCAGGGGCUUUUACAGCCUGGAAGUCUCAAGAGGGCUGCACAGUUCUGCAAAACGCAUCCUGUGCAGGAAGGCCCCCCAACGUGUGGGCAGUCAAAUUCGGGGAGUUAAGGGUCGCAGAAACCCUCACACCGAGAGCCAGCAGGAGGAGUGGCGAAAGAGAAAUAAGACUGUCCUCACAUAUAUCGCUGCUGCGGGAGUCGGAAUGGUUGGCAUGUCCUACGCCGCAGUGCCUCUUUACAGAUUGUAUUGCCAGGCUUCAGGACUCGGUGGGACUGCAGUUGCUGGUCAUGACUCUGAGCAAGUUGCAACUAUGACCCCUGUCAAAGACCGCAUCAUCAGGAUCACCUUUAACGCUGAUGUGCAUGCCAGCAUGCAGUGGAAUUUCCGACCUCAGCAGACUGAGAUAUAUGUGGUGCCUGGGGAAACGGCCCUGGCAUUUUAUAAAGCUAGAAAUCCCACAGAUAAACCAGUCAUUGGAAUCUCCACCUACAACGUUGUGCCUUUUGAUGCCGGACAAUACUUUAACAAAAUUCAGUGUUUCUGCUUUGAAGAGCAGAGGUUGAAUCCUCAGGAGGAAGUGGACAUGCCUGUGUUCUUUUAUAUUGACCCAGAUUUUGACGAGGAUCCCAGGAUGGCAAAGGUGGAUACUAUCACUCUCUCCUACACCUUUUUUGAAGCUAAGGAAGGACAGAAACUACCCCUCCCAGGGUACAGCUGAGGAAAGCUUUUAGCAUUGCUGAGUGGUGCAAAACAUCAAAAUACCAAACCAAAUCAGUUCUUUGCUGAUUAAAUAUUGAAUCCACAGGUCUCAAACAGCAGCCUUGCCUUGUUAGAGAAUAUUAUAACUGGUGAAAUGGCCUGACCAUUAACAUAGUGUAUGUGAAUAUUUAAAGAGUUUAAGAUCUUUGUUGUUGUUGUUUGGGGUCAUACGAUUUCAAAGUUGUGAAUAUUUUGGCCUGUGUGAUAAAUUAUCGAUUUACAAUGUUUCACCUGAAAUUGUUUACCUGAAAUAAAUUGCCCUUUCACCUGUCGCUGCAGAUAAAUGUGGGACUAGUGUCUCAAUCUGUGUGUUCAUUACAAAUGUAAAUUACAUAUUGUAAUUUACAAAUGCAAAUUGGAAAUGUAAUCAUUAACAUGGUUAAUUGCUCAGUGUAUAUCUAUCGAACACCUGGAUCUCAAACGGUGCUAUAUAAAACAAUUUGUACAUACAACCUCCUGAAUUGUUUUGAUUGUACAGAAUGCAAAAAAACAUAUUUGUCCAGCCUGCAUAUAUUGUA